UCUAAAACCGUGCAGAUGACGCGUUUUCAGUGGUACUGCAUAAAAGGGACUGUAGGCUGCACCACCAUUUAGUCGCAUCACCAUCCCACCAACAACAACAUGCAGCACCUCGUGCCGCUGCUCUUGCUGACCGGCGCGGCCCUCGCCGCCUGCACCCCGACCGACGGAGCCGCGUCGGAAACCGUCGUCGCCUCCGAUGCGCCAGCACAGGCCGCCGACCCGGAUGCCGACCUCGACACGGCCGCCACCAUCAGAAGAGGAGCGCUGCCCAGCGGCGUGCUUCGCGGCAUCCCGAGGGGAGGAGGCUACGCAGAACGCUUCGACUACGUAAAAUACACAGGAGUGCCCGGAGGAUACAACGAAGGGUUCCCAGGGCUGGGCUACGUACAUCCAGGCUUCGGCGGUUACCCCGCGUCAGGUUCCGGUGGCUAUCAAGACUACGCUGUGGUGGGACUCGCCGGAUAUCCUGGAGUCCAUCCAUAUGGUUGGUUUCCAUAAGUGGGCUGAAGGAAACCAGGCAAUUCGGAG